UGUGACCCAGUUGGGUGUUGAAAUCUGCAAUCAAAGGUGGUUGAAAGUCCAGCUGCCUGACUGACACAGUGGUAGACAUGGUGUUCUCCUUGAAGUUGAUGUUACUUCUCCUGCCAGCUGUGUUGUGUGGUAAAACUGUAGAGGAAUGGAAGGGGCGGAUCAUCUAUCAGAUCCUAACAGACCGUUUUUCUCCUCAUGGACCCACUCCCAGCACUCCUUGCACAGCUUUGCGUAGUUACUGUGGAGGAAAAUUCAAAGGAAUACAGCAGAGGCUGGACUACAUCAAGGGCCUUGGUGCCAAUGCUAUAUGGAUAUCACCCAUAGUGCUGAACACACCAGGAGGUUUCCAUGGUUACUGGGCAAAGAAUAUUUAUGAAAUUAACCCAGAAUUUGGCACCAAGCAGGACCUGAAGGAUUUGAUCAAGGCUUGUCAUGACAAAGAUAUUUGGGUUAUGGUGGAUGUGGUUCCCAACCACAUGGGGUACAAUGAUGGCUGUUUCUGGAAUAAUCCUUGCACACCAACAAAACUGAAUAACUUCACUGGAUUUGUACCUUUUGACAAACCUGAGUACUACCACCAGUAUUGUGAAAUUAUGGACUGGAAUAACCAAACAGAGGUUGAAUUCUGCCGGUUGGCCCAUCUCCCUGACUUAUCCCAAGAGAAUGACAUUGUAAAAAGAUUAUUACUUGACUGGAUUGGAAAUUUGACCAUCAACUAUGACAUAGAUGGAUACAGAAUUGAUACCCUAAAAUUGGUACCAAAAUGGUUCUGGAGUGAGUUUCAGGCCCGUGCAGGAGCAUACUGCAUUGGUGAAGCAACUGGUUCAGACCCACAGUAUGUGGCAGGCUAUCAGGACUCUGUAGAUGGUUUACUCAACUUUCCUAUGUAUAAUGCCCUGAGAGAUGUAUUCAAUGAAAAUAAAAGUAUCAGGAACCUCACAAAAAAGAUACAAGAACAGCGCAGAUAUUUCAAGGAGCUGUCCCGUCAUGGUCUUUUCCUUGAUAAUCAUGACCAGAGACGAUUUCUUAACUGGACAAGUGAUUACACCGUACUUAAAAAUGCUCUGACUUAUGUCAUUCUCGGUGAGGGAAUACCUAUAAUUUAUUAUGGCACUGAACAAGGCUUCAGUGGAGGGCAUGACCCAAAUGACCGGGAGUCACUGUGGCCAUAUUACAGUACUCAGUCAGAUAUAUACAAGUUUAUUGCUGGAUUGACCAAAUUGCGCCUGUCUCACCUAUCACAUUUUGUCUCUGGUGGACAGAGAGAGAUGGCAGCAAAUGAUGACUUUUUUGUUUUCACAAGGGGAAAGGAAAAUCAGUUUCUAGUUGUUUUAACCAACAGAGGCAAUACCUCAGGUACUCUGGAGUGGAAUGUGCAAGUACCAGUGCUGAAAGCUGAAACAGUCUACAAAAACUUUUUUGAUGAAACAGACACUGUAACUGUGGACAACGGAACUUUAAAACUAAAACUUACGGGAGGACUUCCCAAAGUAUUCCUUGCAGUUCAGACACCAACUUCAAAAGCAGAGAGGUCCUCAGGUGUGACCUGGAAACUGGUAUUUGUAUGCAUUUUGCUUCUCCACCUGCUAUCUCUGGAGUGACCUGAGCUGACACAGGCAGCACAGCCAAUGGGACCAUAGAACUAGACUGUAAACGAUCAUGGUGUAGAAAACAUGUCUGUAAACUGUCCUAGAGUAGAAAACAUGUCAGUAAACUGUCUUGGUGUAGAAAACAUAAUUGCAAUUUGUCUUGGUGUUGAAAAUUUGUCUGUAAACUGUAUUUAUGAAGAAAAUGUCAGUAAACAGUUCUCUUGUAGAAAACAUGCCAGAAUGCAGCCCUGGCAUAAAAAUAUCAAAUGUCAUAUUGUAGACAACAUUCAUUCUGGCAUAAAAAUCUCAAAUGUCAUAUUGUAGACAACAUUCUAGUUAAACUUACAUUUGUAGCAAUUUGAUUCCCUGUAACAUAUAUAUAAAUCACAUACUACUACUAGUUUCUUAAAGGACUCAAAUAAAGUCCACUUGCUAAAGGAUAAAUUUCCAAAAGCUUUAAAACCUUACCUUCUUCAAAAUUUUGGUUGAAACCUGGGUUUGAAAAUCUCCAAAAUGCUUACAUUUGCCAUCUGCAGCUUCUUAUAAAACCUUAUGUAUACCUUAAAUUGAUUUAACCACUGAAAUAUUUUUUCUGGAGCAUACCGGAUGUUGAUGUUUCCAUUGGAGCUUAUAGAAAUAUGGUUGCUGUUAUAAUAACUGGCCGGUCAUUUUAAGCUUAAAUUAUACUUUAUUUUAUAAUUUUUUAUCAAAGGCUGAAUUCAAAUGCAGAGAGGGAUAGAUAAAUGAUUAGCAAGUACAAAAAAUUGUCUCUUUUCCAGGAAAGCCCAUUUUGAUGGGUAAAUCUCAUGGCAUGUACCUUUAAAUUAUGCUAUUUGAAAGUUUAUGGUGACAUUUGGUCAGGUUAAGUGGCAAAGAUUGACUUCAUAUAUGGAACUUAAAAAAGUGUCCUGGCAUAAAAUUGUCACUGUAUAUGUGCUGUCAUUCGUGAACGUCAUUUUACCAUCAUAUUCUAGAAAACCUGUUAACAUGUUGACUUGAUGUAGAAAUUAAACUUGCGCUGUUUUAGUGAAGAUAUAUGCUGCCACAAAAUGUGUAAAGGCCAGCUAUUUCAGUGUAGAAAAUGUUAGUUUGUUGUCAUGGUGUAAAAAAUGUGUUAAUUAUAUAUGUUGUCAUGGUGUAAAAAAUAAAAAUUUGUUUGUAUAUAUGUUGUCAUGGUGUAAAAAAUGGAAAUAGAAGUAAAAACACAACAACAUUCUUAUAAGGCAAAAAAUUAUUUUCUUGUCAGAAAAAAAUUUAAAGGUGGUGUAAGUGACAGUGCAUGUUUUAUGUUUCCUUUUUUUCUAAUAAACACUCAGUCUAGAUCCCCACAAUUCAUGUAACAUGCCUUGAAUGCUAUGCGAAGUAGUUAAUUAUUUCAACUUUUGCUCAGUUAAAAUUUGUGGAAAAAAAUUUUUUUGAGGAUGAAGGUGGAUGAGAGAUGGGUAUUAAGUUAAUAGUAAUGAUUACUCACUGACAAUUAAGGGGGCUGUUAUAUGGGUACUGUUAACUACAGAGAUCAAUACAUGUAGCUGUAUACUUCAAAUGUGUGCAUGUACUAUAUAUUAACACAAGUGGAUGAUAAAAAUUGUUCAUUUAGUUAUAUUUAUAUCAUAUGGCCUGGUGUCCAAUGAAACUGUCAACUACCUUCUACUAACAUGCAUAAACACUACAGGGGUAGUGGGCCACCAAGGGCACAUGUGUCAUGGUGAAAUUCCUGAAUUUUACUUUAUUACUUGAGUGCAAAAAAUACAGUCAACAUAAAGGUUUUUUAAUUCCUGUGCUGCACUGCUGGCUCUGACGCCAUCUUGCCAACUUUGCCCAAAAGAUCCCCCCCUCCCACACACACACACACACACACACACACACACACACUGUCCAAAUGCUGACCAAAAACCAAAAAAAAAAAAGUUGGCAAGGUUUCAAGCUCUUGGCAACUAGAAAGAUAUAUAUUUUCCUUUUUUCUUUUUGGUCUUAUUAGUGAAAGGGUGUAUUAAGGAUGAGUAAGAAACUUAAUUCCAAAUUCUCAGAAUAAGCUUAUUUAACUUUUCUAAGAAUUGUACUUUGAUGAAAUUGAAUGCCCAUUAUUACUUUGUCUGUAUGUAGUAUGCUACAAUAAAGUGUUGGAAAAAAAAGCAAAUUAACCAUUAAAAAAUUAUAAACACUUCUUUUAUAUGUGUGAAUAUAAAACCAUUACCAGAGUUUGUUUUUUUGAUGUUGCCUGCUAGGCAUGUAAAGCUAACCCCAUUUUUUUUCAGAUCAUCUAAAAACAUAAAUCUGAUUACCUUAUUUUGAAAGGUUUCUUACAUUGUCAUUAUUAACAGGAGUUUUGCUGAGAUAAACCCUGUUCACCAGAUAAGCUAAAUUAUCUCUUUCAAGUUGCUGUGGCCAUCCAUAAGACUUGAAUACAGCUCAGUUUCAGAAAUAGCAUUUUUGAGUUUUUUUUGCUGCGUGCCUAUUUUUUUAAAAGUUUUUUUUCAGUCUCGUUUAAUUUGGCUUGUCAACAAAAUAUAAUGAAUCCUUCAUCUUUCUUCAACGUUUUGACAUGGCAUUGAUACCCAGAAACUAAAAAAAAAAAACUUGCCAUUAUUCUAAAAAAAAUGAAAAAUUAUAUUGGGUUUUAAUAUCCAUUUCAGCUCAAACCGAAUUUAGCAAUUGAAAAAAACAAAACAAAUAAGUUGCUUACCACAAAUGUUUUAAAUCUAUGUCCAACUUAUAUCAAAGGCAAAUAUCAAAAUCCUUUGAGCUUAAUUCAUCUUCAUUAUGGAUAUUUCUUUUUUAAGUAUAAUUAUAAAGUUGCUCCAUUCAUAGAUGUUGUAAGUUUAGGAACAUGGCCUUGGAUAAAAAGCCAAAUAUACUUAUUUUUAACAAAAGGUAUUUAUAGCCUUGUCUUCUAAUAAACAAAAUCUCCAUUUUAUAGAUGAGCUGUAAAUUAUGAUAAGCAUUGCAGAAUUUGACCAGAUAAGUCAGGUCACAGAAAUCCAUAGCAGAAUGAAAUCAGAGUAUUUCGAUCAUAUCGUUACCAUCUGAGGUUUCCCCUUGGGUCGCUUUCGACAUUGUUUUCUCAUAAAUCAUAUAUCAGUCAGACAACAUACCAAGUGAAAUGUUGUCAAGUUACAUCCUUUUAUAUCAAAUUUUAUUCUUUGAAAUUUGGCACUUAUUUCUGAUAGUUUGGGUCUGAAAUUUCAUGAAUGAAUACUUAGUAUUACUGAUUAAAACAUAAUAAAAGAGGUAUUUCGUUUCUUCUUAUUUUGAUAAAUCUAGCAAUGAAUUACCUUGGUUCCUUUGGUUGAAGAAUUAUUUUUUGUGUAGGCAAUUUUAUUCUCUAUAGACUUGCAAAAUGUACAAUUCUUUUUUAAAUGUUUUGUUUUAGGUACAUAUUACUUUUUUAACGUUGUGCAUUGGUGCUAUGAAUAUAUCAUUUUUAGUUUAUAAAGAAACCGAGGUCAAAUUCAGGACAAGGAUUGUCGUCAGGGAAAUGAUGAAUUAUUCUAACAGCUCUCUGCGAAUGUUUUCACAUUAAGUUAUCGGUAAUGACCUUUAGAACAGAAAAAAUCACUUUGACCUUAUUUGUUCGAUUCCUACGUGGCCUCAUAUUGACCUGCUUCCCUCUCACCUCAGCUGCCCCAGCAGCCUUACAGUAUAUGUGACCUGACCGUAAGUUCCAGCGGUAAACACAGACUUUAGCUACUUUCAUAAUUCC